AGCUAAUGAAGACUACAGUCGAUUGUUGCAGCAUGGAGAACUGGGAGCUCAUUUACAGCCUGGAUGCAAACAGUAAGCUGAUUGACAUGGAGCAGUUUCAGAGCCACUGUCUCCUGCUUUGGAAGAACUGGGGCCAUCUUUACUUAACUGCCAUUCCAGUUGAGUCCCCAGCAGCAGUUAAAGUGGUCAAGCUGCCAUCAUGGGCACGUGCUUUUGAACCACAACCCAAUCCUGUCUUUAGUGCCAGCAGUUUCUCAUUUCAGCUCUCUUCUCCUGUCCAACCUGCUUCAAGAUUUGUAUAUUCUUUGCAAGAAAAUGAGAUCUGUGAGCUGAAAGAAGAUAUGAAAGCUUGUGAAUCUUGGGAUUAUUGUAGUAUCUGUUUGCAAGCUACAAGUUUGGAUGGAACGUUGGUACCAAUUACAGUAUUCCAUAAAACAUUACCAAAAGAAAUGCUGACUGAGACACCAGUAUUAGUUCACGUGUAUGGAGCUUAUGGAAUGGAUCUGAAUAUGGGCUUUAAGCCAGAAAAUAUGUUAUUACUAGAAGAAAACUGGAUUUUAGCCUACUGCCAUGUCAGGGGUGGUGGAGAGUUAGGCCUCAUUUGGCAUGAAGAUGGAAAACUAGACAAAAAACACAAUGGGCUCAAUGACCUUAUAGCAUGUAUAACCCAACUACAUAGCAGAGGGUAUUCAAAUCCUGGUCUUACAGCACUCACAGCUAACAGUGCUGGUGGAGUUCUGGCAGGUGCUUUAUGUAACACUGCUCCUCACCUUGUAAGAGCAGUUGUGUUAAAGGCCCCUUUUCUGGAUGUGUUAAAUGUCAUGCUGGACCCUUGUCUGCCGCUUACAGUUGAGGAACGUGAAGAGUGGGGUGAUCCAUUAGCUGACAGGAUGGUUUUGGAGUACAUAAGGAGUUACUGCCCUUACCAAAACAUUAAGUGUCAAGAAUAUCCUUCUGUCAUUAUUACAUCAUAUGAGAAUGAUCAACGUGUACACAAGGAAGGGCUGUUAAAGUACAUCAGUAAACUUAGGAAAGCCACAGCAUAUCAUGCUGAAAGUCAUAGCAAACAAGAAAGCUGUUCAUCAAACAUAAUCUUAGAUAUGCAGCCAGAGGGUGACCAUUUUGGACCCACAGCUUGGGAUGAUUGCCUGAAUGAGGUUGCCAUACAGCUUGCAUUCCUGUAUAAAGAACUUGGGAUAGAAGACAGGAUUCUUAAGAAGAAGAAGAAGAAAGAAGAGAAAAAGAAGAGAUGACAGCUCUUCAGAUGCUUAUAGAAGAACUUCUAUUAUAUGCAUAUUGCUUAUACCUCAGGGCAGUCUUUAAAUAUCAAAUGCAAAAUUUUUUGAUGUUCUUCAUCUCACAUUGCUGCAGUCCUUACACUUGGGUAGUCCGCUGUCCU